AUGGCAUCGUCACGCUCAGCAGCCACGCUGCUGCGCUCGUUGCGGCGGGCAGCCCCUCUCAUAGAAGCCUCCCGCGCGGCUACGACGUUCCCUCUCCUCCGAACGCCGCCCGGGUUGGCAGCGUCCCGCCGGCUCAACUCUACCUUCUCCUCCGUCUCUCCCGAUGAAGUCGAGCACUUCAACGCUCUCGCCGCCGACUGGUGGGACCCCCAGGGAUCCUCGCGGCUCCUGCAUCUGAUGAACCCGCUCCGUCACACCUUCAUCCGCGACUGUCUUGCCAGCCAACCCGACAAGCCAUCGACACCGACGCGCUUCCUGGAUGUUGGCUGCGGCGGCGGUAUAUUUGCGGAGAGCGCCGCCCGACUCCCCGAUACCAGCGCCGUGACGGCCAUUGACCCGACCCCUGGCGUCCUCGCCAUUGCGAAAGCACAUGCCCGGCGAGACCCCGCCUUAAGAGGGAAGUUGGAGUACAAGUCGGCCACUAUCGAGACCCUGCCUCUGCCCGCCACGCCGGAGCAGCUGUAUGAUGUUGUCUCUGUCUUUGAGGUAGUAGAACAUGUCUCGUCACCCGCCGAGUUUCUCGACCGGUGCGCCCCCUUCGUCAAGCCUGGUGGAUGGCUUGUCGGCAGCACGAUUGCGCGGACGUGGGUCAGUUGGUUCACGACGAACCUCAUCGCCGAGGACAUACUGGGUAUCGUUCCCAAGGGCACCCACGACUGGCGCAAGUAUAUCAACGAUCACGAGUUGAAGGGCAUGUUCAUGGGCAAGGGCUGGGAGAUGCCCCGCGUCCUGGGCGUUGUCUACGUGCCCGGUCUUGGCUGGAAGGAGGUCAAGGGAAGCGAAAAAGUCGGUAAUUAUUUCUUCGGCGUAAGGCGAGUGGCGUGA